GCUAGCUAUGGAGAGGCAGAUGGGACAGAUGGCUCAAACUUUGGCAGAUAUGCAAGGUAGGAUUCCUGGGACAUACCAGCAAAUACUGAGAGGAAUCCGAAGGAUGCCAUGGUUGUAGCAGUGACAUUGAGGAGUGGAAAGGCCUUGGAAGACCCUAGCAGCUCGAAAAAGGCACCAGAGGCAGAAGAGGAAGCACCGGGAGAAAGAUCUUGUGCAGAAAAUGAAGAAUCAACCUUGCACAGGCAAAAUGAAAGCAGUUUGCCUGUGCAAAAGCAUGCUGCCCGUGUAAAACCAACAGGGGAAAAUGCGAAAAGGGAGGAGCUAAAACGUUAUGAUCCACCCGCACCAUUCCUUCAGAGGUUAAUGAAGCCCAUGGAAGACCCAAACUUCAAGAAAUUUGUGAAUAUCUUCAAGCAACUUCAGAUUAACAUACCCUUGGCGGAGGCACUUGAACAGAUGCCUACAUAUGCUAAAUUCUUAAGGGAGUUGUUGACAAAGAAGCGGAAAUGGGCUGAUCUAGAGAAGGUAACCCUUACUUCUGAAUGUAGUGCUGUGAUUCAGAAUAAAUUACCAGAAAAGAGGGAUGAUCCGGGCAGCUUCACCAUUCCAUGUGUCAUUGGAGGUACAGAAUUCAAUAAAUCACUUUGUGAUCUUGGAGCAGGAAUUAAUUUGAUGCCAUACUCAGUAUACAAGAAAUUGAGAUUGAGAGAUGUUCUUAAGCCUACUCGGAUCACUCUCCAAUUGGCUGAUCGAUCAGUGAAAAUUCCAAAAGGAGCGGUGGAGAAUGUAUUGGUGAAGGUUGGGAAGUUUAUUCUCCCAACAGAUUUUGUUAUUCUGGAGAUGGAAGAAGAUCGGGGAGUGCCUCUAAUUCUUGGGAGACCUUUUCUAGCAACUGGAGAUGCACUCAUCGAUGUUGGGAGAGGCAAGUUGACAUUCCGAGUAGGUAAGGAGGAGGAAAUUUUUAAUGUCUUUCAAGUUGACCAUAAUCAUGAUGAAUUUGAAAGUGGAGCUCGAGAAAGGAAAAAUCCCUCUUCCUGUGAUAGUGGACCAUCCGAAGAACUAUCACCUAUCCUAUCAGCUCAGAUUAUGAAAUCAAAGCAAGGGCAGAAAUCCUUGCCAGGUCACCUCAAGUAUAGAUAUUUGGGUAAGGAUUUCAAUCUUCCUGUUAUUAUUCAUUCUUCACUGACAUUGAAACAGGAAGAGUACCUGCUUGAGGCACUACAGUACCACCUACGCCUCACUAAAAGGUCUAACAUGCCAGCUAAGAAGGUCAUACCCAAUUUUCGCACACCUGGCCCUGCAGAGGUGACUCAUAUGCUGGAUGGAGGUUAUGCGUUCUAUCAUUGCUCGGGAGGGUAUUCUGGAUACCUUUCCAUACCCAUUGGUUGAAAGCUCCAUGAACGUCAGGCUGAUGACGUUAAACAAGCGCUUCUUGGGAGGCAACCCAAGGUAAGUUUUCUUUUCUUUAUUUUUCUUUUUAGUUGUGUCAAACCCGUGCAUGUUUAGAUUAGGAGUUGAACAUUAGGGACUAUGUUCCAUCCAAAGUUUGGGGUGGCGAGUCUUAGUGUUUGUUUGUUCCUUUUGUCAUGUGGUCGGUAAAAAAAAAACAAAAAAAUUUGCCAUGAGGUUGAGCACAGCCAAACUGCAUGCAGUUUGCCUGUGUAAAAAGCAGUCUGCCUGUGCAAAGCUAAUGGCUAAAAAACACCUAAAAAUCAUAAAAAUUAAAAACAAAACCUUGUACUCUUGUGGUAACAUGAUGUAAAUGACCGUGAUGCCUUGAAAAUGAGUUUGUGCUUGAAUGAAAUCAUCGAAAUCACCCCACUAGUGUUGAAUUGCAUAGUUCUUCACAAUGAGCUUGAAUGUUUUGAUUGACUUGAUAUGCUUUGAAUGAGCAACUCUUUUAGCAACAUUCUCUUUUGUGAGGAUAGUGUAAUGACUUUUGGUGAAGUAGUUAGGUGGAGAACAUUGACCAUUCGACAUGUUUGGAUACCGUGCUUACUUGCAUCAAUUGUGAGUUUUGAUUUGGCAACGAGUCUCUCUGUUUUGAAUGUUUUAUGAUGGGGUGAACUGUAUCUUCAUAAAAGAAAACACUACCUGACAAGUAAAAGAUAAGAAAGUUGCCAUAACAAUUAAAGUGUGGGUAAAAAUGUCAAAAUCGUGUGAGGCAAUCACUCAUUGCACAUGGGGAUUAGGAAAGAUUCAAUUGAGAAUCGGUUCGUGACCGUACGAUGUUGCUUAUCAAGUACGAUCCCCAGUUGAGUGAAGUGCCAUUAGAGGAUGUGCAGUGACCCUCCACAUGGACCGAGGAAAAGGAGUUAAAAGAAGCCCUUAUGCGAGUCGAUUCUGUGUCAUAAUUUUGGAUGAUUAUGUGUUUUUGUUGUUUGAGUCGUUGCUUAGGGACAAGCAACAAUUGAGUGUGGGGUUGUGAUAAUCGGCUUUAAUAUAUCGGAUUCGUGAGUUUUAUGUGACUAUCUCAUGGUAUGUUUAAGCCGAUUGGUGCUAUUCUAGGGAGAAUUAAUCUGUAAUGGUUGAAAAGCCAUUACCAUUUUGUGUUGGAGUUUUGGUGUGUGUUUAGGUGAAAAGAUAGAUAAAAUGGCAGCACUGGAACUUCCGAAGCAGGAGAUGGCGGGAGGAAUUGGAUCCAUAUUUCUUCCACAACAAGUAAUUGGGCCAAAACCCAAAUUGAUGGGACAGAUAAUUGAGACAAAAGCUUGGGCCAGGGAAUUCUCUUGGCAACUAAAUUUGGGGUGGAAUUUUGGGCCAGGAGAUUAACUGGUGGGGACGGAAUUUACUUGGGGAUUUGCUAUUGAGAAAGGAAGAAAAGCUUUGGACGGAACCAGCUGGAGGGAAAAAAAAAAAGAAAUUUCUCUGGGCGGCGGCUAUUGGAAGGAGAAGGGGAUUUCUCGGAAUUAGAAGAAAGAAAGAGGCACAGGGCGGGCAGAAGUCUUGGGAAAAAGAAAUUGAAAAAAGCGGAGCAAAGAAGCAGCAGCGCGCAGCAGGAGCGGAUCGACAAUUGGCGAUCAGUUUUCAGGCGGCUUGAGCAACGAGAGUGAUUAGUUGGUUGGAUUCUUUGAACCGAACUAGUUGUGUAUUGUUGAUUUAGAACAUGAUAAUCAAAACCUUAAUGUUUUAUCUCAAUUUCGUCAUGAACUAAACCCCAAUUUCUGGGGGAAACACGUAGCUAUUUCUUGAUUUGAUGGAUUGAUUCGUAUUUCUUUUCCUCCAAUCUCUAUUGCAUGGAAUUGCUUAAUGCUUUGUGUUGACUGGCCACCAAUACAUUGAUUAGUUGUUA